CCCUUCACACGUAAAAGUCUUCACUUGUAACUUCAGCACCUUCAGACCUAACAUGAAGAACAUAAUCCACUUCACUAUUUUCACUAUUGUAAUUAAUCUUUCAAAGCAAGACUCGUGUCAUUGGAAAGAAUUAGAAGUCUGCGCCAUUAGAAGAUCUCAGAUUUUUCAGAGUGAUCCCAUUCCAAAAAACGAACAAGAAAUAGAAAGUCGAUGCCAAUACCUUAGAGAAAUUGCAGCUUGUUUCAAUAAAUACACAGACAGAUGUGCAACCCCUUUGUAUCAGCAAUUAAUUUCUUUCGUCAAUUCUGAAUCUGAAGAAAAUUUCAAUCAAUUCUGCACACCAGGAAACGAAUUAAGAACGACAUUACUAAAACACUCGGCAUGUCUUUCUAAAGUAUGGAAGGAUCAGCAAUCGUGUGCAAAUGACGCUUUCGCUGCUAUAUCGAAGCUUCCUUCGACUCCUUCAAGUGAUAGAGUAAAUCUGGCUUGCUGUUCUUAUGGUCGAUUCCGAAAGUGUGGAGCCGAUUUAAUAGAGAAAGAAUGUGGAGUCGAAGCAAAAGAAUUUGUGGAGAAAUUUAUAGCAUUUUCAGUGUCAAACUUACCUGACGUCGUGUGCCAAAAUUACACACCGGAGGAUGCCACGUGCAAGGCAUUGUUACCUGCAGUGGGAACUGUGUCCAGUGGAAGUGAUGAUACUCCGUUUAAUCGCUUUAUUAAAAUAUUUACAAGUUCACUUUAACGCAUGAACGUAGUAGAUGA